CUGCGCAUGCGCAGUGCAAAACGACGACGCAGCCUCCGCCGAAUCCGGCAUUGCCACGGUAACUGUGCUACUUCGUUCAGCCGCACUGAUUUUUUAUUUUUAUUUCUUUUUUCCAUUUUCCUCAAAAGCCUUCCCCACGGAACAGCCAGACCGCUACCGACACAGAAAACCGAUAUGGUGAAACUAGGCAGCACUCUGGGUGAGAAGGUGGAGAGAGAGUCAUCUCUGGAGGAUGGCUUUGAUAACAUCCCUCUGAUCACGCCACUGGAGGUUAACCAGCUCCAGAAGCCAUUUCCAGAUAAGGUCAUCGUCAAAACAACCACUGAGUAUCAGCUGCAGAAGAAGCAAAAGAAGAAAAUGUACAUGCCAAGCAUUAAGAAGUUGAACAUUAACCUUUAUGACGAGGUGUCAGAGAAGGUCAAGCUCACAGGACUUAUUCUUAUCACAUUGGCAUUCCUUGCGUGUCUGCUACUGCUGGUUAUGUAUAAAGCUCUGUGGUAUGACCAGCUUAGCUGCCCUGAGGGCUUCAUCCUCAAGCAUAAGCACUGCACCCCGGCCGCGCUGGAGAUGUACUACCCGGAGCAGGAUGCAGGCUCGAGGGGAAGCCUGUACACCGCCAUCAGCCAUCUGAAUCCAGCUAAGAAGGCUCUCCCUGAGCUCUCAUCUCCCUGGCUGCCUGUCAUCAAUGCCAUGAAGGAAUCCAAGAAGGCCAAGGGGGAGGCGAGCCACUCCCAGCAGUGAGGGCUGGAGAGAGGGGAUGGUGGAGGAGGAGCUAUGACAGAGAGGUUAUGUGUAUGUUUGUUUGAGUGAAAGAGGAAGUACAGUGUUUAGAGGAAGAGUGUGUGUGUGUGUGUGUGUGUGUGUGUGUGUGUGUGUGUGUGUGUGUGUGUGUGUGUGCUGAUGUUGCCUCUAUCUAUGUCCUAAGCAUCCAGGCAUUCAGACAACAUCAGAUAUGUCUUUAAUAGGCUGAGAGGAGCUCCCAAGCCGAGAAGCCUGACAAAGUCAGCAGAUCUCUCUACCUUACUCAUACUUGACAAUACAAACACUAUCAGUUCUUCAGAAACUGUCUCGCUAUAUUAACUCAAAUGUAGAUAUUAGCAACUCGUUCUUUAGAUUCAUAACUUCAUGUUCUUUGACUCAUUGUGCUGUUGUGGCUUCAUUCGUUUUGUGCUUUUCACCAUUUCCACGUUAAUUAGCUCUCGCUCGUUUUAUGGUGAAAGUAAUUUAGCUUAGCAGAACAACCCAUGCAUGGUGUGUAAAAUGUGCUCUCAAAAAACCUAAGGUGCAACAGGAAAAAAACAGCAUUCAUACGAUAAAAACAGUUUCAAUCACAGUUAAGUCUGAAUCAUAAUCUAUACAUUUUUCUCCUUAAUAAAUCUUGCUGAAACAUGUGAUCUGUUAAUAAAUAUAAUAAAACUAGCAAGCCAUGUUUUGCUUUAUGCAUAGACAUACUUUAUACCCAUGUAGAGAUUGCUGUAUAAUCACUGGCUGUUUACAUGAAAAUGAAAAAUUGCUGAAUGUAAUGUGAAAUACAAGUGAACAGGAUUUUUGAUAUGUAUUUAACACUUCAUGUAUCGUGAUUUUUUUUUCUCGUUUGUUUGAAUGGAAUUAAAUUUGUGCCAGAAGUAUUGAACGUAACGUUUCAAGAAACAAACAAAAAUAUACAGUGAGAGAGAAGAAAAGACUCUGAAACUGAAAACAGUGAACUCGGUGGCAAAAAUUCAACAUGGUCUUCAAAUAAACAGCAUUCUUUGUUAACAGUGUUCUAAGCUUCUUUUUCACUAAUCAUGGUUUAUGAAACCACUGCCAGAGUUUUUAUUUAUGCUUUCAAAGUUUUUGUUUAUGCUCCGCAAGUUUACGUUCGCCAUUCUGACACAAACCUCUCAUGUGGGCGGGGCUUAACAGAUUUACUCUCAUUGGCUAGUGACAACGACGACUUUCCGUGCCGCUCCUGAGAGCUCAUCUUGAAAAAAUAGUCGUAUGAGACUACCCAAACUUCAAAUAUGAAUUACGAACUAAUAUACUGACUAAGUAAGUAAUUUCUACUACUAAGUACAAACGCUAUAACUAUACAGAGAACCUCAUCCAGAACACUCUCCAAAAUUCACAGCACUGGUCAGGGAGCCAUCAAUCCAAAUCUCAUUAGCCAAUGACAGUAAAUUGUUGUUAAGCCCCACCCACACGUGAGAUUUGUGUCAGAAUGGCGAACGUAAACUUGCGGAGCGUAAUCUAAAAUUUUGUACCUAAACUCUGGUAGCGUGUUCAUAAACCAUGAUUAGUGAAAAUUAAGCUUUGAAAACUGUUCACAAAGAAUACUGUUUAUUUGAAGACCAUGUUCAAUUUUUGUCACCAAAUUCAAUGUUUUCAGUUUCAGAGUCUUUUUCUUCUUUCUCAUUGUAUAUUUUUAUCCGCUUCUUGAAAACUUAUGUGCAAUACUUUUGGCACAAAUUUAAUUCCAUAUGUUUGUGUUUGUUUAUUUGUGCUCUAAUGGACAUUUCCCAUAAAAUUCAAGCCACCAGCAACUGUAGACGUAUUUCAUAAAAACAUCCUGUUGUGCACAGUCAAGAAUGUGAAAUUAAAACCACAAAAUUAAGUGACAGUGUCCUUAUGUAUGUAUUUAAAGGACCCUGUUAUGAAUGUGCUAACUUACCUAUCUCCGAUUUCCAUCUUUAGCAAUUUCCAUCAAUUUGCUUUGAUUGUACCUUACCAUCAUGUAUAUUUGACCUUGAAAUAUUAAUUGUUUAUUUAUUUAUCAUUUUUGUAAGUAUUCAUCUGUAUAACUUUUGGUUAUUUAUUUGCUGUAACUAUUUAAUUAAUUGUAUUACACUUCAAUAUGUUAAGCUGGAAAUUUAUUUUAUAUUUAUUUUCUUACUUUGUUUUUUGGUGUAUAUUUUUACUGGAAGAGAAUGGUUACUGUGAGAUCCUUUUAAAAAGUAGCUACCGAUGUUAAUUCUCCACUAUUAAGUCAUGUGUAUAUGUGUCAGUCUACUGUUAUUAACUGGCUUCAUCUUACGGAAAUAAAUACUUCAGUAUUCAGCA